UUCAAACAAUGACGUCUCCCUUCUUUUUCAUUUUUCCUUCUCGAGCAGUGCCGUAGUUCACUUCCUCUCGAAGAUAUUUCUAAAACCCUAGCGUGUUCUACCUGCACCAUCAAUGGAGUUUUGGGGUGUUGAAGUUAAGCCUGGUCAGGCACUCGCCGUGAAGCCUGGAGAUCAAAAAUAUUUGCAUCUAUCACAGGCGACUCUAGGUGAAAUAAAGAAGGACAAAGCUAAUGAAUCCGUGACUAUUUUUCUGAAGAUUGGUGACCAAAAGCUUGUUCUGGGAGUUCUCUCCGCUGAGAAGUUCCCGCAGCUAUCAUUUGAUCUUGUGUUUGAGAAGGAAUUUGAGCUCUCCCACAAUGGGAAGAGUGGAAGUAUUUACUGUUUGGGGUACCAGGCUUCUGCUGAGGACCAAGAACAUGAAGAGUAUCUUGAUUCUGAUUUUGGCUCGGAGGAUGAGGAACUUGCAUUGCACCCUGCCCAAAAUGGAAAACCUAGCCAGAAGGAGAAGGCUAUUGUGGAAAAGCUUAAUGCUAUGAAGCCUGAAUCUUCAAAGAAGGCUGAUGUGAAACCUCUGGAUCCAAGCAAGGAGGAUGAGGAUGAUGAUUCUGAGGAUGACGAUGAGUCUGAUGAGGACGAUGAUUCUGAUGAUGAAUCUGAUGAGGAAAUGCUAGGAGCUGAUAGUGACUCUGAUGAUGAAGAUGAUGGUACCGAGAGUGAUGAGGAGACACCGAAGAAGGUUGAAUCAAACAAGAAGAGGUCGAAUGAUUCUGCCUCCAAGACUCCCCUUUCUAAGAAGGCAAAGCUAGCUUCAGCUGAAAAGACUGAUGCAAAGAAGGGAGGGCAUACGGCUACUCCCCACCCAGCCAAGAAACCUGCGAAAACUGCUGGCAAGACUGAGACCCCAAAAUCUGGUGGCCAAUUCUCUUGCAAAUCUUGCGACAAAUCCUUUGGUUCGGAUGGUGCACUUCAGUCACACAGUAAAGCCAAGCAUGCGGGUAAGUAAAAGGGAAAAGAAAGCGACGACAAAUUAUUUUGCAGCUCCAAUAUGUUAGUUUUCUAAAUAGGUUGCGGUAUUUGUUGAGAUUUUGUGUUGAGAUUAUAAGAUGAGAAGCGAAUGUUGUUCAAAUUGAGGAAGAUGAAUUUAGUUUUGAUUAAUGUGCUUUUUCUGAUCUAAUUGCUGUAUUCUUAUUGUGUUCGAUAGAAAGUGUCAACUGUUUUGUGUUAUGUGGUGGGGUGGCAUUUUAAUAGACGUAUUAUUUUUGAACCCCAAUAUUUUGUUCACGUCAUUCUGCGGAAAAUUCAAAA